AUGAAUCAUAGCCGUCUCGUACAGCAAGCCAACCUUAUCACUCCCAGGAUUUACUUGUCCGACUUGCAUACCGCAUCCAACAAGGACGAACUCACCAAUCUUGAAAUAACUCAUGUCAUCUCAGUGCUCGAGUGCCAACCCACAUUCCCUACCUCAAUCACUCCCGAACAAACGCUUCACAUUCCCAUCGCUGAUUAUCUACACGUAAAUAUUCUCCGUCAUCUCGAGACGACCACCAACUUCAUCUCUUCGGCAUUGGCACAAAAUGACAGCAACAAAGUGCUGGUCCAUUGCCAUCAAGGUAUCAGCCGAAGCGCCACCGUCGUGUGUGCUUAUCUGGUGGCGACAACUGCAAUGUCCGCAAGUGAAUCCAUAGCGCAUGUGAAAGACUUGCGAAGUGUUGUUUAUCCAAAUUCCGGUUUCAGGAGGCAGCUGGAUGAGUACGGGACCCGUUUUGUUGGCAGAAGGUCGACGUCUCAAAGCCCGGUGCAAAGGAUUUCCGAGGGUAUCGCUGAGAGGAUUCAUGCGCUGAAGUCUGCCAAUGGACUGGAGGACCCUGAGCCCGCUUCGAAUACAGGACCAGAACAGGAUUCAGAGUGA